GGGGCGGGGCUUGGGGCGGCCCUGCCACCGCCUCCUCUUCUCCCCACCGCGGUGGCAGUGGCGGCAGCAGCGGCGGCGGAGGAACCUGACACGCACCGGCCCCACUCCCGGCCCAGUCGAAGCCGAAGCUGCAGCCGGCGCUGGGCGGGGGCCAUGGGCGCCCCGCGCGGCCCGGGUCAUGAGGACGGAGGCGGAGGCAGCGGGGCCGCCGCUCGAGCCCGGAGACUUUGUGCAGCUGCCCGUGCCCAUCAUCCAGCAGCUCUACCACUGGGACUGCGGCCUGGCCUGCUCCAAAAUGGUGCUGCGGUACCUGGGCCAGCUGGACGACAAUGAGUUUGAGAGUGCCCUGCAGGAGCUGCGACUAACCAGGAGCAUCUGGACCAUUGACCUGGCUUACCUAAUGCGCCACUUUGGCGUGAGGCACCGUUUCUGCACACAGACCCUGGGCGUUGACAAAGGCUACAAGAACCAGUCUUUCUACAGAAAGCACUUUGACACAGAGGAGACCCGGGUGAACCAGCUGUUUGCACAAGCCAAGGCCUGCAAGGUGCUGGUGGAAAAAUGCACAGUGAGCGUGCAGGAUAUCCAGGAGCACCUGGCACAGGGCCACGUGGCCAUUGUGCUGGUGAACUCUGGGGUGUUGCACUGCGACCUCUGCUCCAGUCCUGUCAAGUACUGCUGCUUCGCUCCCAGCGGCCACCGCUGCUUCUGCCGGACCCCUGACUACCAGGGCCACUUCAUUGUUCUGCGUGGCUACAACCGGGCCACUGGCUGCAUCUUCUACAACAACCCAGCCUAUGCUGACCGAAUGUGCAGCACCAGCAUCAGUAACUUCGAGGAGGCCAGAACCAGUUAUGGCACAGAUGAGGACAUCCUCUUUGUCUACUUGGACAGCUGACGGCAGGAGCCUGGUGUGCCCAGGCCCUCACACCCCACCCUGCCACACCCCAGUCAGGCCCACUCAGGAGGCCUUGGCGCAGGCCACGAGCUGCUAGGGCUUGGAUGCAGCACUGCAUCCAGCCUUGGCCCAUGUGACAAAGCCCCAGGGAAUUCUUGGAGCCCAAGGCGUGCCUGCUUUGUCCACCAGCGUUGCGCGUGUCAUCAUGCCACUUACCCUGCACACCUGCUGGUUGCUGGAAGCCUCUGCAGAGCAUCUGAGUAGAGCCUCCCCCGGGACCCCAGGUGCGACUCCAACCACGCCCAGGGGACUUCCAGCCCCGUGGGUGCCUUUGUUGCCUGCAAACCAGACCCAGGUGGAAAAGGCUGAGCUCGUCUCCCCACAGACCUGGGGGCUGAGCCCUGGAGAUGCCGCUUGUCAGGAUGGCAUCUGUGUGUUUGGAGACCAUGUAGCCAACCCCAGCUCCCAGGGCUGUGGACUGCUCCAGGCCUUGCUGGGAACUGCCCUCCCCCCUGUCCUCCCAGAAGUGCUAUAGACCUCCCUGUGCCCUUUGGUGAAUGCUGCCACUCUCUCACACCUCCCCGUGGACCCAAGUUCCUGUGGCUGGUUGCCAGACCUCUGGGCCCUGAGGAGGGCUGGGCCUCAGGCCAAAAGGACCCUGAACCCCACCCCUCACCCUGCACCCUCCAGGUACUAUAGCAUUGUAGGGUGGAGGGCCCUGAGGGGAGUAGACAGGGCCCUGGCUCUUGCUGGCUGAAUGUACUCUGAGAAUGCCUGACCCUGAGGGCCAAGAACAGACACUUCUGGGUGCCAAAGAUUCCCCCCCCAACCCAUGAGGCCUCCUGACACUAGCCUAAGCCCUGACAGUGGGGCCCAUUCUCUGGGUAUGGGGAGCCCCAAGCCUCACAGUGCUGGAGGUGCUGGGGUGCUAGGGCCUGCACUGCUGAGGCAGUGGGGGGUGGGGGGGGAUAGCCUGUGGCCUCCCACCCACCCCAGUGUUCAUGCCAGGACAUUUUGCACAGAAAGUUGGGUCUCUUUUUUUCUUGACAGAGAAAGGUGGUACCUGCCCAGGAUCACAUAGCACUGCACGUAGCAUGGACUAUUUGUUUUGUUUUUGUUUUUUUUUUUUUUUUGAGAUUUAAGCUUUCACUUGUGGGGAGUGAGAGUCACCCUCAAGUAAGACAAUAAUAGUGAGAUUCAGGUACUUCAGAACCACUGACACCUCUCUUCAUAGGGCAGAUAAGCCAGCCCAAGUUCUCUUUCAAAGAGAAAGGGACUCACAGCUGGUGGGCUGAGUGCCAGGACCCCUCACUUUAUAGACAAAAUCCGGCCAUCAGUCUGGGGACAGUAUGUCCAGGACAGUGGUGGGCCUGGGUCUUGAACGCAGAUCUGCACCUAAAAACUAAGGGAAAUGGAUCAUUCCCAAAGGGGCUGAGGACACCCACCCCUCAUGAGCGGUCAUUGGCAAGGGAGCAAGGCUACCCCAAGAGCCACAUGGCAGCUGCCAUCCCUCUGGACCGCAAACCAUGCUCAGCAUCUGCUCCCACCAGCCGGCUGGCAUCUCCCCACCAUGGCUGCUCUGAGGGGCAGAGGUGGGCUCUGUUUAUGAGGGCUGUCAGACCACCCAGCCAAAUCGCUCCUCGGCACCAGAUGCAGCCUUUGGCCGAGACGGAGGCGCUAUUAGCUGGUUAGCUAACAGGUCAGCCACCCUGGUUUCAGAGACUAGCAUUGCCUUCAGACUGGUCUCGUCUCUUUUGCCUUAAUGCUGGGUGGCCCAAGAUCCCAGGGAACUCUGGUUUCACGCCCAGGAGUACCAUGUGUGGCAGCUGAGGUUUGGGCGUCCUCAGGAAGGGUCUGGCUAAAAUUGUGGUAAGAAUAGAUGCAUCAAGGAAGGCAAUGAGGAAGCGAAGCUGUGGACGACUGGUGGGGCUGUCAUGGAGAGCGGCCUCCACGGAGAGUGGUCACAGCACCUCAGUCUAUCGUGUGACAUUUAGAAACACUCAGUCCCUGGGCAGGCCACAAGUUAGAGGUCACCUGGUCACCUGCCAGAGGUCAUCUGGCAGAUUAACAAGAAAGCUACCCGUGCCUGAGACGGUGCCAUCUGCCCGGGGAGGGUCAUGGGUGUAGGAUGCAAACCACGCUACGUUGUGUUCUUGCACAUGUCAUGAAAACAAGGCUGGAGAGAGCCCAGACUUCAGGAACUUCUGCCCAUAGCAUGUGGCACCCAUGACCCCUGUCCACUUGCUAGGGGCCCAGCGAAGCCACACUGGACGGUUGGUUUUGUUCACUCCAGCCACACAGGGACAAAAGGGAUCUUUUGCAUUGCAGAGAUUUUCUACAUAUAUAUAUUUUGUUUGUAAUGAGCCAUUCUCAAUAAACAUUAUUCUCACUGCAAAA